AAUGACGUGUCAUUCGGUAUGGAAAUCAAUAUUUAUACAUUGACAGCUUUGUGUGUUUGACAGUUACUGCUUUAUAAGAAUAUUGCAAAUAAUGGUUAGUUUUAAUGCAAUCGUGGUGGCCAUGUCAAGUCUGUUUAUACACACGCCCGAAGGAGCAAUUUAUAAUUGCUCGGGCAGUGUUCAUGUUGUUGAGGUCAAUGACACAGCACUUAUUGGGCAUGUAGUGGUUACUGCCACCGGAAAUAUUACACAAUAUAGUGGAUGCGCACACUUUUUGGAACUAUCGAACGGAAAACUUGUAUUAAAAACAAAACUAACGACUCUUUGUAUUGACACGCCUGUAUGCCAAUUCAAUACAAGCGACUGUUCGCAGACGAAUAUUCUUAUACUGACCAUUGUGCGAACCGCAUUUUACAACAUAUCUUUCAAAGAAGAAAAUUAUACUGCAACUAUAGCAGAGAAUACGAAAGAUGCAACAUUGCUGCAAAUCGGUUCCGAUAAACUGGGAGUAAAUCUCGCGAUGGGUAACUGUUACAAUGGAGAUGAAACCUCGUGGAACUAUCCAAAAUUAUUCGCACUAAAGACUGAAUCUGUGCCGUUUUUCUGGCGGGCCAUAAGUAACAGAAAUUCCUUAUAUACAUUUGGCGAUAUCGAUUAUGAGAAAAGCACUGGGUAUGCCCUGACAAUCGAAGGAACUUAUAUGGGUAUAAAUGGUUCAGCAACAACGACAAUCUAUGUGGAGAUUAUUGACGAAGAUGACCAAAAUCCGACAUUUAACAUCAAAGACGGUAUUGACUACAGACUGGAUAUCGCUGAAGGGGACAACGCGACAGUGAAUAGACCAUACAAUACAACGCCGGUUAUGUCCGCAUAUGAUCAAGAUUUCGGCAUUAACGCGACCAUUAAAUACAAACUAAGAACUAUUACUCCAUCUACUGGUGCGCACCUUUUUACUAUCGACCCUGACAAAGGGACAGUCAAUGUUACGGAAGUAUUGGACUAUGAAAAACAAUCGAAUUACCGCCUCAUCAUCGAGGCUUAUCAAGUUGACAACCCACAGUCGCGCACCGCUCAAGCAACUAUAAGCGUUAACGUCGUAGACAUAGAUGAUCACAAACCAUUGUUCCGACCGGAUGUUGACGACGUGGUGUUAUUAGAACAUUCAGUCGUUGGUACACACGUGUAUAACGUGAGGGCUUUGGAUAACGAUGCAGGAGAAAACGGGUUCAUUACCUAUCGGAUCAUUAGCAACACAGAGGCGUUUCAGCUUCUUAAAAUUGACAACUUUUCGGCAGCAUUGAAUGUAAAAGAUCCGGCGAAAAUUGAUAGGGAAAAUCAGGAAAAUAUCACCGUUAUUAUUGAACCAUUAACACAUAAUGGCAAAGCAGGUCAAAACAACCUAACAGUGAACAUCCGUCUAGAGGAUAUAAACGACAACAAUCCAGUUUUCGGUAUCCCUGAUAUGUCUGAGUUCAGUUUCACGUAUGUGAAUCAAUCUGAUGGAACGUCUAUAGGAAAGGUUGAGGCAACUGAUAAGGAUACUGGCGAUAACGCUCUUCUCGACUAUGAGAUAGUUAACAGGACCAUGAACGCAGGCGAAUGUUAUAACGAUAGUCCAUUUAUUAUCAACAAAACAACCGGGGUUAUUGUUAUGAGCAGAGGUUGUCUACCAUGUGAUGGAUACCGUUUUGUUGUUCAGGCUUGUGACAAUCCUUAUAAUCCUAUUGCGAGGCGAUGCUCAGUUACUACGGUAGCGGUUGCUAGGAUAGCCAAUGAGACUGUGGAUAACUCUCGUCAGAACAUUAACGUCACGGAAUCCGUUUUAAUCGAUACUUACGUCGCUCAACUGAUGUGUGGUGGCACAGGUGUGACGUAUAAAGUAAUACCUAGUAUAACUGCAGUGCCGUUUGGUGUAUCUGCCAACGGAAUUUUGAAGACCUCUGGAUUAUUAGACAGGGAAAACAAUUCGACGUAUGACUUUCUGGUUCAAGCCUACCAGUAUGGACAGGUCAAAUGCAACAUCAACAUUAGUAUAAACAUCCUUGAUGGGAAUGACAAUGCUCCCGUGUUUCAACCUGACAUGUACAUACUAUACUUGGGAAACACCACUGAAAAGGGACAAAUCGUCGGAAUAGUUCGUGCAAAUGAUUCUGACAUCGGCGACAACGGAAUUGUGAAUUAUUCGUUCAAAACCAGAAGCGGUAAAUCGUACUUUAUCAACGGUUCAUCCGGGGAAAUCAGUCUUGUUAGUCCAGACCAUGUCAGAGAUAUUGAGCAACUUGUAGUCAUCGCGACAGACCAAGGAACACCCCGAUACGAGGCAUCGGCUGUUGUUUAUGUCCUCAGUGGAGAUGUUGGUACUAGCUCGGUUCCACUUAACACGCCUCUGGAAAAAGGACAGAUUACACACAAGAAAAAUACACUUGAAAGGGGAAUUUCAGAGAUUUUAAACCAGAGCGUAGUCAUUUCGCAUGUGAAAGCCUACGAAAAGUCUCCGCAUAGGUCCAGAAUCUUCAUCACUCCUACAGAGAAGUCCGUCGAAACCAGCACACUGGUCAGACAGGUGUAUAAUAACUUCGAAGAGAUACGGACAUUAUUCUAUUCUGCACUCGAGUGUGCGGACACCAAACAUUUCGAUUCGGACCUGGGGGCACCCAAGAUAGGUUUCAUCGUUAUGGCGGUGGUUAUUCUGGUUGGAACGAGUAUUGCGAUCGUCUUCAUUUACAGGCAGUUUAACUGCCACAAAAGAUUCAAAAAGCUCUAUGAAACGUUGAAUAAGGACAGUUCGAUGCGCGCGUCUCAUGCUGAAACUGCAACACCUGAAAGCGAGUCUAGAUCGGCGAACACAAACGUACAAAAUGACGAAACAAAUGUUGUAUCGGAAACCAGUAACGGUGAUGUAGAAGCAAAAGUUGAAAACAUCACGUCGGUAAAGGAAAGCCUUGAUCAGCGUGUAUGUAUCGAGGGCAAUGAGCGUCAAACGGGUUUAAAUUCUGAAGAUAUGCCUGAUGAAGCAAUCAAACGCAAUCGUGAAAAACCUGUUGGUAGUGAUAGUGUUUCUUACGCAGAAAUGAACAAAACGGAAAGUGAUGGCAGCAACGGCCUUAGUAAAACUGAAUCGCAAUCUGAUGUGCACGAUGUUGCAGAUGCCGAGACUAUGCUUGAAGAACCUAACCCUGACUACGAUCCCAUAAAAGUUAGGUUUAGCGAGCCACUGAAGAUAACGGCGCAAAACAUUGGAGAGGAAGAUGAUACGUCAAAUAUGGAGUCGAAUGAGAAUGGUUACGAUGAAAAGGACAAACCAUCUAUCAAAGGAGAUGAGUUAGAAAACAACGAUAUUCAUAAUAAAUACAACCCGAUGAAAGACGUUUAUGAAGGAGCAUAUCAACACGUAAUGAAUGGACGAGUACCUAGUCAUGACACAGAAGUUGAAGUAGAUAAAAUUUGGUCCCCUUUGCAGGACAUUACUUCUGACAACAACAGCCAAUAUGACUUUGCUCCAAUAGUAUCAAUAUAAAGAAGUGAUACUCCAGUUGCUGGAGCAGUAUUGCAGUCUCUUAUAUACAAUUAGUUGGUCCUUUAUUAAUAGUAAAAUUACUACUACUACUCAAAAUCAACGAAAAUUUCGUCACUUUUUCGUUAAAUUAACUUAACCAAUUAAAAAUCAGUAUUCCUUAUGGCAAUUGCCGAAAUUUCAACGCCAGAUGUGGUCUGGUAAAAUAGAUGUCUGUAGACAUAAAAUGCUCGUUGUUUUUUCCAUUUUAAUUUCCGAUAUCUAUUUAUACGACACAUGAACACUAACAUGGUGUUCCUGUGUCGUGUGAAUAGAUAUAUUCGCGGGAAAUUAAAAUGGAAUUAAUUGUGACACAAACAAAUACAAACGAGCAUUUUGAAUCUACAAAAAUCUAUGUAAUCAUACCACAUCUAGCGUUGAAAUUGUGGCUAUUGCUAUAAGGAACACUGAUUGUUUAGGUGUUAACUUUAUUUUACGAAAUACUUAACGAAAUUUUUGUUGAUUUUGAGAGUAAUGGAGACUUUAAGGCAAGUGACCAAUUGCCUAAAUAUUACCAAACAGCUCAAUACAAAACAACAUAAACACAUGUGUACAUAAUUAUAAGCGAUAUUGAUGUUAUUUUUACGGAACAGUUUUGUGACAGAUACACAUUCAGCAGUUACACGCGUUCAUGUUAUCAUUGCAUUAAAUUCACCGAUCAUACUUUAACAGUUGCUACUAUUCAAUGAAAUAUUUAGUUGCUCAUUUCUGGAUUUAUACUUGAUUUUCUAAAUUUCGACUAACUAAUACUUCAUGCUUCCAUCAUCCUAUCGAUUUACCUAUUUGGAUAGAAAACGUCAGUCAAACAUUAAGGCUUUGUUGUGUUUGCAACUAGUAUUAAGCAGUAAACAUAUUUGUAUCUACAUGCUUCAUAUCGAGUGUUGAUCGUGAUAAUAUAUAUUGUCUCACAAUAAUGUGCAUAUAAUGUAACAAUGGUCCCUGAUCUGUUUUCUCUUCACAAUUAAUUGUGUGGUAUGCUGUUAUUUUAUAAAUAUGUAAGAAAUAAACAGUAAAAGAAAUUCAUCAUUAUAAACAUACUUAUUGUGUAUUUACAUAUUUAUUUUAAAUUUCAUCAAUACCAUGGCUUCAAGGGAAACACUGUUUUAGUAUAUUUUUUUAUUAAAUAAAUCUUGUAAAAUGUAAAAUAUAUUCGUGAUAUUAAAAAUUUUUGUCGAUUAUUUCAUCAUUCCUUAUGUUUUAAAAGCUGCAAUUCCUUUUGUUUUUCAUAGCAAUUUUACAUUAAGAGAACUUGUUUAAUACACAAAUAAUCUAUCGUUUUAAUACAUUCAUGUACAAAUAACUAACGUACAUACUUUAAGUUAAUAUUUUUGUGAAUAUAUAUCUAAUUAACAAAUGCACAUAGUUUAUUUAAAGCGGGUAUAUACGAUGUUGUCAAAUAUUUAUGAAUGUAUAUAAACUGUGUAAAAAACUUAUUAUUAUAUAUAUUUCAAUAUAAAUUAAAAUAAAAGUUAAGAAGAACAUGUGUCAAAAAAUGCGAAAUAAGCCAGAUAUUUAAUUCUGAAAUUGAAAACGGCUGUACAGCCGAAUUCGCCAGCAUGUAUACCAUACAUGUACGAUGUGCAUCUAAACUUACGAGGGGUGUUCCAGAAGUUCGUGGAUUUUCGCUAUAACUUUCAUUUGGUAACAUAAAAGGACAAACAAAUAGCAUGUUAAGAAUAUUUCAUCCUUUCCAAAUCUACUCUCCAAAUAUCAUGGAAAUACAUAAAACAAUAAAUAUAUAUCAGAGAUUCAAACAUGUGCACAAUGCGCACACCGAUGCACGUGUAACGUUUCUGUUCAACGUCAAUGACGUUAUGAAGUAAACAACUGUCAAAUCUUUUCAACAUAAUCACCUCCAGCGCGAAUGCACUUAAUGUGUCGGGAAAUCCACUUGUCAAAAGUGUCUCUAUACCAGUCAGCGUCAAAAGACAACACGAUUCGCUUUGCUGCAACUGUAAGUUCCUGUUUUCUUGCAAAGCAAAUACCGCGCAACUGUGAUUUAUCUUCCGGGAAGACGCGGAAGUCCAAAGGGGCCAAAUCCGGACUGUAAGGAGGACUUAGGCGCUGUAACGUGAAAUUUGCCGUAAAUUCUGUUUAUCAACGACAUUUAAACCAAAUUUAAAUUCGCGUAACGCUCAUACUUAUAAUAAAAUACACGCGUGCGCCGCAUGUCGUUACUGAGGUCUCUAUGGCAACGCGUUUCAAACGCGCUUUAUGGAAUUCAUGCAAGUCCGUGAUAAUUGGUUUGUAUAAUAUGUAAAUUUCAUUGACUUUUACCAGCAAACUAAUAAGUUAUAGCGAAAAUCUACGAACUUUUGGAACACCCCUCGUAGUUUAACGGUUUAUUAUACAAAGACGAAUGCUUCGGUUAUUGUAUGAAAAUAUGUACGUCACUAUCGGCUCGGGUCGCUAAAUUGUCUUUGCUGCAUUUUAUGAAAUUCGACUUUAAUGUAUACUUUUUCUUGCCUAUUUUGUGUUAUUGGAACAUAUUUUAUCAAUAUAUUACAAUUAAACACAUAUAAAAAAUCGUAUAUACCCGCUUUAAUAAUUUGAAUGUAUCAUGUUAAGUAUUUUUGUAACAUUAUACUCAGACAAUGCGUAUUAGAAUCUGUGUACAUGUAAGCGCGCCAAUAAGUAUCGACAUCCGUACUGCUUUGAAAGCGUAUGUGAACAUUAAUAAAUUAAAGUCUACAAGCUUAUUAACAUCGUACUUUACG